AGAGCAGGUCAGACAAACACCUGUCAGGGAUGGUCUAGAAGUCCUGCCCUGAGUGCAGGGGACUGGACUAGAUGACCUAUCAAGGUCCCUUCCAGUCCUACAUUUCUAUGAUGGCACACCCAGGUGAGAGGCUGUAAUCCUGGGGUGAGAGAGAAGGAUGGGGUUUGUUGCACAGAGUUGAUGACAUGUGAGGGUGUUCAUUGCAUUGCUUGUAUCUCUGUUUGUGGCAAUGAACAGGGAGCUGCCAAACCACAGACAAGCCGCUGACUCCUCGUAUGGUGGUCUUGGAUUCCAGGUCAAUCAGAAGAGAAGCCACUCCACUGCUGCUGAGUAAAACACCAUCACACCCAGGCAAGGAGAGGCAGUAGAUGCCCCCUGGUGUCUCCCUGAGAGAGGAGAGAUGGGUCAGGUAGAGAGUCCCACUGAGGACUUCCAGCAGUCAGAGCAGCCCCUUAACCGCAACGGAGACCUCAACAAAGGAAGGAAGCCAGGGAAUGGAUUUGGCUGCACCUUAAGACGCUCUGUUAUCUGCUUAGUCCUAGUCGUCGCUGUUUUAAUCAUUGUUUUAGCAACAGCUCUGGCAGUACGUAGCUGUAACCCACCAGUGGCAGAUCCUGGACUGCUUGGUGCCCGCUGCUGCUCAGACGGCUGGGUCGGGUACGGAGGGAAAUGUUACUAUUUCUCAGAGGCCGAAGGGAACUGGACGUACAGCCGGAGCAACUGCUCCUCCCUCGGCGCCUCCCUGGCUGGGAUCGACAGUGAGCCGGAAAUGGCUUUCAUGCUGCGCUAUAAAGGCAACCCUGAGCACUGGAUCGGCCUCCGGAGGGAGCAGGAGCUGGGCCAGCCCUGGAAAUGGGCCAACGGCAGCGAAUUCAACUACUGGUUUCCGAUAAGAGGAGGCGGCGACUGCACAUAUCUGAAUGACGAGAAAGGCGUCAGCAGCUCACGGUGCAUUAUGACGAGAUACUGGAUCUGCAGCAAACCAGACGCCUAUACAAAGGGAAAGGGCCGUGCAAUGGGAGAGAAAUUGCAAAUUUAAGUGAAUCCCAUAAAUUAGACUUGGAAAAGCCAUAUUGGGCCACAUCUGGUGGUUCACUCUUACUACCAGCAGAUGGUGCAGAAUGGGUUUUUUAUUCUCCUAGGUUUUGUCUAAUCUUGGCUGUAAAUGACCCCAGUGAUUGAGCUCCCAUCCCUUCCCUUGGGAGACAGUUCACAGCCUAAUAGACUCGUCCCAGCGAGGCAGUAUUUCCUGUGAUCCAGCCUGAAAUUGACCCUUUGCUCAGUUUAAUCAAAGCAAGCACCAUUGGCUGAAGAUGAGCAUGAGGGUGGUUUUUUUUUUUGGGUAGCCUCAGUUUUAGGGGGCAGUUCCUCCCCCCGAUCAUCCCCUAUCCCCCUCCCCCCAUUAGUAAAACAGAUGUUACAAGUUCAGGGUUUAUCGUGACCUCUGUGUAUCAACCCCCUUCUCACUACUGUCAAAUUUGAAGUGAGAUGAGGGAAGGCACUACAAAACUGUAACAUGCCGUGAAACUGCUAGUUGGAAUGUUUCUUUUCCCUUCCCCUGCUCCUCCUUUCUACCCCAUUCUCCCGUCUCUCUACAGUUCAGCCAAGUUCAUCUCUUUGGCCAUGUCUACACUACAAAUUUAUGUCAAUCUAACGUAUGUUGACGUACAGCCACCGCAGUUAGUAAAUUGCUGGGGUGUGCGCUUGCUUGGCUCCUUGUGUCAGCAGUCCACAUCCUCACCCCAGGUUCUCUUGUAUUGUCGGGGGGGCAUUGUGGGACGGCUCCUGGAGGCCAGUAACAGUCAGCGUAAGCAAUGCAGCGUCUACACUGCCGCUGCGUUGAUCUGAUUACAUCGACUGUGACUUUACGCGACUCGGGGAUGUGUAGAGAGGCACUUACGUUGGCAGGAGCCAAAUUUAAGUGAAGACAUUUCCCAGCUAGGUAGCUUAUGUUGACCUCGCCCUGUAGUGUAGACCAGGCCUUGGAAUAACUGGAUGGUGACUAACCCAAACCAAGUCCAGGGAACUGGGGAGGGAGCAAAAGACUGUUUGAGUUGAAAAUGGUACAGCCUCAUGGUCCUCUGAUAGGCUAAGAUCAUUCCCUUUCAGCAUCAUAUUGGUGUAACAUACUGGGGGGAUGUUUUCUUCAUGAUCAAGCCCAUCUAAUCAAUGAUGUAAAGCAUUGGGGCAUUGACACUACCAGCACGACAUAGCCAAUUAAGAAAGCUAGUGUGUGUGGGUGGGGGGAGGGUUUAAAAUGUUUUUAUUUAUUAUUAUAGUCUUUAAAUAUGUAUCGUUGCCUUGGCAAGUAUCAUUGCUUCAGUCUUCCUAGGUUAUAAUAUAACACACGCUACGAGUGUGUCAUUUCACCGUGGGGCCCUGCUCCAUGACUGGGGUCCUUGGUGCUACUGCCUCUGGAUGACUAGGUAAGCUUCAGAGGCUCUCCAUGGUAUUAGAUCUCAGCUUUUAAAGCUGGUUGUAGAAACCUGAUUGCACUUACAUGUUUUGUUUGUUUUUUUGUUGAUCCACCUAGUUGGUAAUGUUGGGACUAGAGUUCUUUUUAUUCUAUGCAGUGUUGUAGCCAUGUUGGUCCCAGGAUCUUAGAGAGACAAGAUGGGUGAGGAGAUAUCUGUUACUGGACCAACUUCUGUUGAUGAGACAGUGUAUGUUUACACUUAAACGCUACAGCGGCACAGUUGCACCACUGUAGCUCUUCAGUAUAGACACUACUUAGGCUCAUGGGAGGGAUUCGCCUGUCGGUGUGGGUACUCCACCUCCCUGAGAGACAGAAGCUAGUGUAAUGUUGCACUCCAUAUGCUUCAUAAAAAUAUCUUUGUAAGUGUGAAUAUGAUGUACCGGGAAUAUGCCUUAUUCAAAAGGUCUCCUGUAAGGUAUCAUUACAAAGCUUAUGAUCUACUGAGUGUGUUCAUCCUAUUUGUUUGCAUGUAUUAUUUCUAUGUCUGGAGUUAGGAGAAUAAGAUAUAAACUUGUAUUACUGAUGUAAACAUAUUAAGUGGAAGCCAUUCAGGGUGCUUCAGAAUCAAUGAACUGUGAAUGGAUUUGUUUACCUGCAAGCCUUCCUAUGUAAUGAAGGUAAAGAAGAAGGAGGUCUCACAGGACAUGUGACCAUGUCACCUAAUACUGGAAUCCAUCUUAAAUCUGGUACUUUUCCAUUUGGACGGCGGGGUGGGAACCCAGAGAGAGAGAAAGGAUUCCCGCCUUGGGCCAAAUCUAUAAAAGGGCGUGGAACAGAACAAAGGUACCCGGUCAUGUGAAAUCCCCGGCUUUUCACCUAAGAUGCCUGCUGGAACUAAACAAGGACUGUACCAGGGGAAAGGGUUGGGCCCAGACUAGGAAGGAGUCUAGUCUGUGAAAGAAGCUUACUGGAACAUCUCUGAGGGUGAGAUAUUACCUAAAAUCAGUUUUUUAAUGUAUUAGGCUUAGAUUUAUGUGUUUUGUUUUAUUAUGCUUGGUAAUUUACUUUGUUCUUUGUAAAUUACUUUGUAACUUUACUACUUGAAAAA